UAACAAGUCAUUCUCUUCUUCUUCUUCUUCCUCUUUCCGCCUGCUCCAACAUUGCGUUACGACUCACGGGGCCUCUUCCCUCCUCCGCUUCCCGAACCAGAAAGAGAGAGAGAGAGAUUGCGUCAAACCAGAACCAAUCUCAUCGUACAUGGUUUGGCUGCUAAAAGCCUGAUUUUGUUUGUUUGGGGAAAUUUGUCUACCGGAGAAGAAGAAGAGGAAGAAUAGAUGAAGAGAGUUAGAGAAGAGGUUUACUCUGAAGCUCAAAUGCGACGAAGGCCCGAAGUUUCUACUCGAGGAGAAACAAACGGCCAAGCUCGAACCAUAAGGGGGGGAUUAACCACAAGUGAUGCCCUGCAUUAUCUCAAAGCUGUGAAGAACAUUUUUCAAGACAAUGUAGAGACAUAUGAGACAUUCCUUCAGGUCAUGAAGGACUUUAAAGCUCAAAGAGUCGACACUCUUGGUGUCAUAGAAAAAAUAAAAGCUUUGUUCAAGGGUUACAACGACCUACUCCUAGGUUUUAAUACUUUCUUGCCCAAAGAUUAUACAAUAGUCCUUCCGCCUGAGGAAGAGAAACCUAAGACCAGGGUGGAUUUCAAAGAUGCUAUCGGUUUCGUCACCAAGAUUAAGGCGAGGUUCGGAGGUGAUGAACAUGCGUAUAAAAGGUUUCUAGACAUCUUGAACAUGUAUCGAAAGGAAAGGAAGUCCAUCUCUGAUGUCUACGAAGAGGUUACUAUGCUGUUCAAGGGUCAUGAAGAUCUGCUUGUGGAGUUCGUUAAUUUCUUACCUAAUUGUUCAGAAUCUGCUUCUGCGAGUGCGAGGAAUGCAGUACCGCGUCACAAGGGCACUGCAACUCCUGCCACUGAUAAGAAAAUAAAACGACGAUGCAAGCUCGAAGAUUAUUCUGAACACUCUGAUCAACGAGAAGAUGGGGAUGAGAACCUUGUCGCUUGCUCCGCUGGUAAUUCUCUGGGAAACUCCCUUGUUAAAGAAGGCCAGCUAGGCUAUUUGAAUGCGGAGGACGACGAGGAAAUUCAAGAUUAUGAAAACAAAGAAGAUAGUGAAAGAGAUGCAGAUAGAACUGACAAAACUGCAGCGUCUGGCAGUAAAGAUAUGGGAAAUCAAAAAAGUCCACUAUCUGCUACGAAGUAUGUGGGAACACCUAUAAAUGAACUUGAUCUUUCUGAAUGCACUCAGUGUACGCCAAGUUAUCGGCUCCUACCAAAGGAUUAUCCAGUUGAGAUUCCAAGGUACAGAAAUACACUUGGUAAAAAGACACUCAAUGACCACCUGGUAUCUGUCACCUCAGGGAGUGAAGAUUACUCAUUCAGUCAUAUGCGCAAAAACCAGUAUGAAGAAAGCUUGUUUCGGUGUGAGGAUGACAGGUAUGAAAUGGAUAUGUUACUAGGAUCUGUGAGUUCAGCCAUCAAACACGUGGAAAUUCUUCUGGAAAAGAUCAACAACAAUACAAUCUCAAUAGACACUACAAUAUGUAUCGAAAAACACUUAUCAGCUAUGAACUUAAGAUGCAUUGAGCGGCUAUAUGGAGAUAAUGGGCUUGAUGUCAUUGACCUUAUGAAGAAAAAUAUGAAUAGUGCUUUACCGGUGAUACUUACGCGCUUAAAGCAGAAGCAAGAAGAAUGGGCAAGGUGCCACUCUGAUUUCCAGAAAGUUUGGGCUGAAGUAUAUGCUAAGAAUCACCAUAAGUCACUAGAUCAUCGUAGUUUCUAUUUCAAGCAGCAGGACUCGAAGAACUUGAGCACAAAAUGUUUAGUUGCUGAGAUAAAAGAUAUUAGUGAGAAAAAGCAUCAAGAAGAUCUGCUUCAAGCUGUUGCAUUCAGAACUGUGCCCUAUUUUACUCCGGAUUUGGAGUUCAAUUAUUGUGAUACACAAAUUCACGAAGACCUAUAUCUGCUGAUCAAGUAUUACUGUGAAGAAAUAUGUGCGACUGAACAAUCAGAUAAGGUAAUGAAGCUGUGGACAACCUUCUUGGAGCCCAUGUUUGGCAUUCUUUCGAGGUCUCAAGGUAACCUGGCUAUGUACGAUGAGUUAAAGUUAAAAAACAACCAAGAAUUGCAUGAUGCAUGCAUGGUAGUGAAGGACAGCGCUUCUGGGUCAAAGCGUAAACAUCCAAUAUCUCCGAAACUGCUGAACAAAGAUAAUCCAACAGUGCAAGGAAGCUCUCCUGGGAAAGAUGACUCUUCCAAUAUAGUGAAAACAGUUCAGCCCGAUAAACUGCAAAAUGAUGCAGCUGCGACUAAAGAGGUUAUCAAGCCUUCCAAACUGGUGUCACCCAGAAACGAUCAGAUAGGGGAGGAUGUGGAAAAUCAAAAGGUUAACGAAGUAUCAGUCGGAACUCAUGAGGUUGAUAGAGAAGAGGGUGAAUUAUCUCCCACCGAGAUUUCUGAGCAAGGCAACUUUGAGGUUAAUGGACAGAGUGGCCUCAAGCCUUUACAAAGGGCGAUAGACGAUGGAAGAAGCAAUAAAGACCAACAAAGCUGUGAUAAAAAGGGAGCAUAUUGUACUGAAACGGUGGCUAAUGGAAAUGAAGGUGAAGAUGGAUACUUUGCAUUUUCAGAACGGUUUCUGCAAACUGUAAAACCUGUUGCCAAGCAUGUGUCUUGGCCUCUGAAAGCUAGUGAAACUGGCUCCCAGAAUGAUUCCCGAGUGUUUUACGGGAAUGAUUCCUAUUAUGUGCUAUUUAGGCUUCAUCAAAUGUUGUACGAGAGGAUACAAUCAGCAAAGAAAUAUUCGGAAAAGAAGGGGAAGUCUCCAGAUAAAACAACCCCUGAUUCUUAUUCCAGGUUCAUGGAUGCACUCUAUAAUUUACUUGACGGCUCUAGUGACAACACAAAGUUUGAAGAUGAAUGCCGCUCUAUUAUUGGAGCACAGUCAUAUGUUCUUUUCACAUUGGACAAGCUAGUUCAGAAGUUUGUUAAGCAUCUCCAUGCGGUUGCAGCUGAUGAGACAGACACCAAGCUUCUGCAACUAUACGCAUAUGAGAACUACAGAAAACCGGGAAGAUUCUCUGAUGUAGUGUAUCAUGAGAAUGCACAUGCCCUCCUCUAUGAGGCAAACAUAUACGGGAUCAGAUAUUCACCGGCAGAAACCCGUCUCUCGAUUCAGCUUAUGAACAGCUGGAACCAUCAUCCUGAAGUAACGGGUGCAGCGAUGGAGACGGGUUUUGCAGACUAUCUGCAAAAGAAAUUUCUAACAUCCGUCGAUGAUGAAGAGAAGCACGGAGUGUUUCUGAAGAGGAACAAGGAGAAAUUCACCGGUUUAGAUGAAUCUUCUGGGAUGCCUGCUGCGAUGGAAGGCCUGCACAUCAUUAACGAGAUGGAAUGUAAGAUGGCUUGCAGCACUUCAAAGGUGAAGUAUGUGGGAAACACAUCAGAUCUUUUGUAUAGACGCAAACAGAGGAAACCGAAUCCAACAGGAGAGAGGCGUAAAAGAGUCAGCGAAAUCUCAAAACAGAGGAGUAUCUCGCGGUUUCACAUUAUGCUCAACUGCAAACUUCUUGCCUUGCCGCCUAUAUAAACACAUGUUAGUGUUGAGGUUCUUUGGCUGUUAGAGAUUAUGCCAAGGUCUGGUGUUAGAUAAAUUUGCUUGUUUUUGAGGUGACAUGGAGUGGGAUCAUCAUAAUGUGGCUACUCAUGAUCACCACUCUUCUUUUUGGACCUUUUGGUGUAUAGUUUUAUAUCAUCAGAGAAUAUAUGGUAUGAUAUAAAAGCUGCCAAUAUCGGAGUCUUGAAUUCUUCAUUUCGACAAAUAUAAUUUAUUUUCAUGUAUAUUCGUCCCAAAAUGAAGAUUAUAUCAUAUUCUGAUUUCAACUAAAAAGAAAAGGUAAAAUUUUUGGGAAUACAUGGAACAACUUC